CCACUACUCCCACCUACCUACCUACCAACCUUCCAUUCAUUCACCCAUCGCAACCACGCCCCACUUCCCCGUGUCGCGUCCAUCGCAAACAAGCCCCUCGAUCGCGUCACCUCACUCCUGGCCACCCACUCCACCCAUCCCCAGUCGCCCCGGGCAUGGCUCCGUAGCCCGUCCGUCGAGCUCGAUACGAUACCUCUUUCAUCUCGGUGAUCGAAUCGAAUUCCAUCUAGCAUCCCAUCCGAUCGACCAGAGCUGUCCAGCUCCAUCCACGCGACAGGGAGGACGGGGGAAUCCGGAGGGGGUUUGGAGAAGAUCGGAACAUACAUACAUAGUUGAAGCAAAUACGUGACGGCAUGCUUCUCCGGUUACCGCCUAGUCUUCAUUACCCGAUUACCGUCACGUCGCUGCUCAAACAGCCCGGUGAUGCGGUGGAACGGGAUGAGGCGCUGUUUUGGUAUGUGUACCAGACGACUGUCACGGAGGGUGAUGGGCUAGGGAAUAAGGUGGAGGUCAAGCGGAAGUUUCCGACUAAGUUUGAGUCGACGGUUGAUGGCGAGAUCGUGCAGUGGAAGGUGGCGAAGGGGGAUGUCAUUGAUGAACCGGUUGAUGUUUUGGAAAUUGAUGAGCCAUGUGCUCAUGAAGUUCAGUUUGGGGGGCUUUGUGCGGAGUGUGGCAAGGAUAUGACUGAGUCCUCGUACAAUACCGAAGUGACGGACAUUAUGCGCGCCCCGAUUCAGAUGGCCCACGAUAAUACCACGCUCACUGUCAGUGCGAGAGAAGCUACGCGCGUGGAAGAAGAUGCAAAGCGUCGUCUACUAUCGACUCGGAAGCUGUCCCUCGUUGUGGAUCUGGAUCAGACUAUCAUCCACGCUACUGUUGACCCGACCGUGGGAGAAUGGAUGCAGGAUAAAGACAACCCGAACUACCAGGCUCUGAGCGAUGUCCGUGUCUUCCAGCUGGUGGACGAUGGACCGGGGAUGCGCGGGUGCUGGUACUAUGUCAAGCUACGGCCGGGGCUGGAGUCGUUUCUGGAGAACGUGUCGGAGAUGUUUGAGCUGCAUAUCUACACCAUGGGAACCAGGUCCUAUGCGCAACAUAUCGCUAGUAUUAUAGAUCCUGACCGGAAACUCUUCGGUGACCGUAUCCUGAGUCGAGACGAGAGUGGGAGUCUGACGGCCAAGAACCUGCACCGGUUGUUCCCGGUGGACACGAAGAUGGUCGUCAUCAUCGACGACCGCGGGGAUGUCUGGCGCUGGAGCCCUAAUCUCAUCAAGGUGUCUCCCUAUGAGUUCUUCGUCGGUAUUGGGGACAUCAACUCGAGCUUCCUUCCCAAGAAACAGGAGCUGGGCAAGUCCGGUGACAAGCCGGCGCCCAAGCCAUCCAAGGGAGCGCUUGAAGAGCACCACGUGAAUGGGGCAACCGCGAAGACAGACGAGCAGAGCGAGGUUUCGACAUUAGAGCAGCUGGUAACGAUGGGUGGUGGAGACAAUCCGAGGUUAUUGCAGGAGCAAAGCGACGCGCAAGAAGAGUCAAUCAUGCAUCAGGUGGAAGACCGGCCGUUGUUGCAGAAACAAAGGGAGCUGGACGCGGAAGAUGAUGCGGCGGAGAGUGGCAGCGAUUCCUCCAGCAGCAUGGACGAGUCGCAGGACAUGAGCAAGCACCGGCACCAUCUGCUGGAAGACAACGACCGGGAGCUGUUUGAUCUGGAGGUCCGACUGGAGCGAGUACAUCGGAAUUUCUUCGACGAAUACGACCGCCAGAAGUCGCGAGGGCUGGGCGGGAGAGUGGCUGCGCUGCGAGGCGAGAAGGCGCCCUCGAAGGAGAAGGACGUCGACCUGAAACUGGUGCCUGACAUCAAGGAUAUCAUGCCCCUUAUCAAGCGUCCCGUCCUCACUGGUGUGGUCCUGGUGUUCUCCGGAGUCCUUCCGCUUGGAACGGACACGCAGAAUGCAGACAUCUCCCUCUGGGCGAAGAGUUUCGGCGUGGCCAUCUCUCAGAAGAUCAACGGGAGAACCACGCACCUCGUCGCCGGACGCAACCGCACUGCCAAGGUCCGGGAGGCGACCCGAUACUCCAAAAUCCAGAUCGUCACGACGCAGUGGCUCCUCGACUGCCUGACGCAGUGGAAGCGACUCCCGGAGGAACCCUACCUCCUUCCCGUGCACCCCGAAGACCGGGGGGAGCCGAUCUCCCCCGACUCCAAGGAAAUGGCCGAGGGUUCGUGGAUUUCGUCGGACGACGAAGCGAUGGCCGAGUCGGUCGACGAGGAGAUGUCCCAGUUCGCAGGCAUUGACGCGACGUCGCCCAUCGGUUACGACGAGGAGCAGCAAGCGGCUGUGCACGACGAACUGAAGGAGUUCCUGGGCAGCGACGACGAGAGCGAAAGCGACACUGACGUGUCGGUUCUGGACGAGAUUCCGAGUCCCGGCAAGAAACGGAAGCGCGAAGAGGACGAAAGCGCCGACGACGUGGAGACGGACAACCCCAGCGAAGAGGUCGACGUCCACGGAUCGCGUCUGGCGCAGCGCAUCAAACGGUCGUACGAGCGGUCCACCGGACUGAAGGAAGUUGCCAGCGCGGGCGUGGAGUCGGCCUUCAAGCAGGCCCAGGCCCAGGCCCAGGUCCCAUCCGACACCGACGCCGACACGCCCGAGGAGCCCACAUCCCAGCCACAGGAGCCCGUGGAAGAAGACGACGACGAACUCGAGCGGGAGAUGAUGGCGGCGUUUGAAGACGGCGAGGAGCCGGCGGAUGACGAGAAGAUUGCGAAUGAGAACGAAUGAGUCUUCCUUAGGUUAGGUUAAGUUAGGCUAGGACUUAGGGGUUGUAUGUUGAAUUGUAUGUUGGGGGUUGUUUUGCUCUUUUUUUUUGUUUUUCUUUUUUUUCUCUUUUACU